ACUCACUAAAGAAAACAAAACUUCUCCGUGAGGCACUUCAUUUAUCAGACAGUUUAUUUAGUUUUUGUUGUUGUUAAGACCUCACCUGCAUUUGACUUGCACUCCUGAAAUAUCUUUUCCUCAGCUUAUAUGGAUGUUCAAGAACUGUAUUCGUUUUUUUCCUUAGCAUACAACCACUGAGCAGACUUUAUAGAGAAGUUUUUUUUUUUUGGAGGAACAAGUGUGGGUGUCAGAAUGGCUCUGGACUCUGAGUUCGGUGUGAAGGGCAGCAGCAUUAUCAAGGAAUGGAGUGGACAGGUCCAGCCGGCUCUGGUGGCCUCCUUCGUUUUUCUCUUCUGUCUGGAAGCCUGUCUGUGGGUCAGGAACCUCCGGCUCAAGAGACGACUGCCGGGACCCUUCGCCUGGCCCGUGGUGGGCAACGCCAUGCAGCUGGGCCAGAUGCCGCACAUCACCUUCGCCAGGCUGGCCAAAAAGUACGGCAACGUGUACCAGAUACGACUCGGCUGCAGUGACGUCGUGGUUCUCAAUGGAGACAGGGCGAUCCGUCAGGCUCUGAUAGAGCACAGCACAGAGUUCGCAGGCAGACCCAACUUUGUCUCUUUCCAGAUGAUCUCUGGAGGCAGGAGUGUAACAUUCACUACUUACAGCAAACAGUGGAAAGCACACAGGAAAAUUGCCCAGACGAGCCUCAGAGCCUUUUCCUCUGCAAAUAGUCAGACCAAGAAAGCUUUUGAACAGCAUAUUACAUUCGAGGCCAUGGAGCUGGUGCAGGUAUUUCUGCGGCACAGCACUGACGCACAGUAUUUUGACCCUGCUCAUGAAUUUACAGUAUCUGCUGCCAAUGUCAUGUGCGCGCUCUGCUUUGGGAAGCGAUACGGACAUGAUGACUUAGAGUUCAGGACCCUGUUGAAAAACCUUAACAAGUUCGGAGAGACAGUCGGGGCAGGAAGCCUGGUAGAUGUGAUGCCAUGGCUCCAGUCCUUCCCUAACCCGGUCCGCAGCAUCUAUGAAAACUUCAAAUACCUCAAUGAGGAGUUUUUCGCCUUUGUGAAAGAUAAAGUGGCGCAGCACAGAGAGUCCUUCAGCCCUGAUUCGACCCGGGACAUCAGUGAUGCCAUCAUCAACAUGAUCGAGCAUGGAAAAGACAGUGGACUGUCUAAAGAGUUUGUCGAAGCGACAGUAGCAGAUAUCAUUGGAGCAGGUCAAGACACAAUGUCAACAAUCAUGCAGUGGAUCGUGCUGCUCCUCGUCAAAUACCCAGAUAUGCAAACCAAGCUCCACAAGCUCAUAGACAAAGCGGUGGGCCCAGACAGACUGCCAACAAUUGAGGACAGGAGCAGCCUGGCAUACCUGGACGCCUUCAUCUAUGAGACCAUGCGCUUCACCAGCUUCGUCCCCGUCACCAUCCCACACUCCACAACCGCAGACGUCACUAUUGAAGGUCUCCACAUCCCGAAAGACACGGUUGUAUUCAUCAAUCAGUGGUCCGUCAACCACGACCCCCUGAAGUGGAAGGACCCGCACAUCUUUGACCCCAUACGUUUCCUUGAUGAAAACGGGGCCCUCGAUAAAGACAUCACAAAUGGUGUGAUGAUCUUUUCAACGGGUAAGAGACGCUGCAUCGGCAACCAGAUCGCAAAGGUGGAGGUGUUUUUAUUAACAGCAGUGCUGCUGCACCAGUGCAGCCUUGAGAGCGACCCCUCUCAACCCCUCUCUCUUGACUGCUCCUACGGGCUCACGCUGAAGCCCCUCCGAUUCUGUGUCAGCGCCAAGCUCAGGGGGAAGCUGCUCGGCUUGGUUUCCCCAGCAUGAUCAGCGUGUCCCUGUAUUGUGACUCAAGGCCAGCAAACACUUUUACACCAAUGACUUUUACAGUAACAGUGAGUAUCAGUAUACCUGCACUAAAUCCUGUUGUAAGAUUCACAUAUUUAAUAAUAUUUAAUGGGUAUUUUAACACGGUGUGCUUUUGUUUUGUUGUUGGUGCUGGACUGAGGGUAGGAUUUCAAAGAUGUGUCUUUAGCUGCAGGUUUGAAAGCUUGUGGAAAUUUGGAAUCAGUGCAAAUAUUACACCUCUGCUCCACACAAAUAUUCUAUACUUGAUGAGAUCUUGUGCAUAAUUGUUUCAUUCUGAAUUGUGUACUUGUUUUACAUCCACUAAUGUAUAUGUAAAUGCACGGUGUGUGCUGGAAUUAGCUAUAUUUCCUAUAAAUGUCAGUUUAAACUAAUAUAACUACAUGAAAAUGCUUGUGAAUGUUACCAAGUCACCUGAAGACUUACUGUUUGUCCUAUAUUGUAAUAUGUAAGAAGAUAUUUAACCUAUGCCAUGUAACUCAGUUACAACAUGUUUUUUAUAAUUUCGUAUUUCAGGUAUGAUAAUAAAUGUAAUGAAAUGUAUUGUAUUUCACUAUCUACUGUACUCAAAGCAUAGGAAAACAUUAAACUAAGAGUGAUCAAAGUGGCGUUGAAGGGCGGGGGGGUGGAAUUUUUGUGAAAGAGGAAGACAUUCAUUAGUAAGGAAGCAAGCAACCACACUGUCGUGAGGAUGAAGAGCAGACCCUGCCAUGGACUGCAGACACUUCACACACUUGUCAUGUAUGUAUUCAGGGUUUCAGCUUUACUGUACAAGCACUGCAGCUCUCCCCCCCGUGCCAAACCCAAGUCUCACCCGUUCAAACGAAACACAUGUGCAGCAGCAGCAAAACAUUUUUUUUUUUUAAAUCACUCACGAGGCAUUCUCAAAAACAUGUUUGUUUACAGAGGAACUAUUUCAAAGAAACACGGACGUCGCCGCACCCUCUUUAAGCUUCUGCAUUCAGGAACUAUGGUGUUAUAAUGAAUGAGGCGGAGUGUUCCUUCUGUCCGUGUCAAAGCAAGAAGUCGAACUCAGUGGGGCCUCGAAUGUUAAAGCGUUCAUCACAGAGGAUGUUUUGUUAUCAAUGUGUCGGCUUCAUAUGAUGGGGAAAAUAAGCUAUAUCUGAAUAAAUGAAUAAAGUGAAAUGUCAACAAUCA